AUGGAUUCCACGACACAACCCGACCGCGGAAUCCGCAUCGCCAUCGACCGCGGCGGCACCUUCACGGACUGUGUCGGCACCCUAAACGGCAAAGACAUAGUUAUCAAGCUCCUGUCCGAAGACCCAGCCAACUAUGCCGACGCGCCGCUCGAGGGCAUCCGCCGCAUCAUGGGCCACUUCCUUAAGCGGGACAUCCCGCGCGGCGAGCCCCUCGACACGUCCCAGAUUGAAAGCAUCCGCAUGGGCACAACGGUGGCGACCAACGCGCUGCUGGAGCGCAAGGGCGAGAAGAUCGCCCUGGUCGUCACUGAGGGGUUCCGCGAUUGUUUGGUCAUUGGCAACCAGAGUCGACCCAAGAUCUUUGAUUUGGCGAUAAGGAAACCGGACGUGUUGUAUGAGGAGGUGGUUGAGGUGGACGAACGGGUCACGUUGGAAGAUUAUGCUGAGGAUCCGGAGAGGAGGAUUACAAAGGCAGAUGCUAAGGCUGGUUCGCACGAGGCAGGGAGUGCGGAUUUGGUUAUGGGGUUGUCGGGGGAGGCAGUAAGGGUCCUGCGCCGGCCUGAGGAGGGGGGAAUCAGGAAGCAGUUGCAAAGGGUCUUUGAAAAGGGGAUCAGGAGUAUAGCUGUGUGUCUCAUGCAUGGCUACACGUUCCCAGAUCACGAGGCGCUUGUCGGGCGCAUUGCCAAGGAGAUUGGCUUUCAGCACAUUUCCCUCAGUCAUGAGUUGAUGCCCAUGAUUAAAUUGGUAUCGAGAGCGACGAGCGUUUGCGCCGACGCAUACCUCACUCCUGCUAUCAAAAAGUACAUCUCUGGGUUUCAAAAGGGGUUUGCGGGUGGCAUUGGCACUCGGAGUGCACUGAACGAGGAAGGCAGCAAAGGUGCUCGAUGCGAGUUCAUGCAAAGCGACGGUGGCCUCGUCGAUGUCGAGAAGUUUACAGGACUGAAGGCCAUCUUGUCGGGCCCAGCUGGAGGCGUUGUGGGUUACGCAAUCACGAGUUACGACGAAAGCACGAAAGUACCCGUCAUUGGUUUCGACAUGGGUGGCACGAGUACAGAUGUGUCGAGGUAUGGCGAGGGCCGGUAUGAGCAUGUGUUCGAGACUACCACCGCCGGCGUAACCAUACAGUCGCCACAGCUGGAUAUCAACACCGUGGCUGCUGGUGGAGGUAGUAGACUCUUCUUCAAGAACGGCCUCUUCGUCGUCGGUCCAGAGUCUGCUGGGGCUCAUCCCGGUCCGGCAUGUUACCGGAAAGGCGGGCCUGCUACAGUAACGGACGCCAACCUCGUCUUAGGACGCCUCUUGCCCGAGUUCUUCCCGAAGAUCUUCGGGGAAAACGAAGACGAGGGUUUGGACUUUGAGGCAAGCAAAAUGGUCAUCCAGGAACUUACCGAGCAGGUCAACCGCGACACAGGCAAGAAUAUGAGCAUAGACGAGGUGGCGUAUGGAUUCCUGACUGUGGCAAAUGAGGCCAUGACGAGACCAAUUCGAUCCAUCACGGAAGCCAAGGGCCAUGACUCGUCGAAACACAGGUUGGCCACGUUUGGUGGUGCUGGAGGUCAACAUGCAGUGGCAAUUGCCGAAUCUCUUGGAAUACGCCAGAUCCUGGUCCACAGAUACUCAUCUGUCCUAUCAGCAUAUGGUAUGGCGCUGGCCGACGUUGUGGACGAAAGACAAGAACCGGACUCGAAAGUUUGGCAAGGCAAGGGCGGGGUCGUCGACGAGUUGAAGAUCAAGAUGGAAAAGUUGAAGGACAAGUCACGGCAGGCCCUCAAAGACCAAGGUUUCGAGGACAGUGAUAUCGUGUUCGAGGAGUAUCUUAACAUGAGGUACCGCGGUACCGAAUCUGCACUCAUGAUUGUCAAGCCAAGCGAGGAAGACUCGAAAGCAUCCUUUGGGGGGGAAGAGUGGGCAUUCGGCAAAGCAUUCGUCAAACACCACCGUUACGAGUUUGGGUUUACGCUCGACGACCGAGACAUCAUUGUGGAUGACGUGCGAGUACGUGGUAUCGGGAAGAGCUUCCGCUACCAGGACAAGACAGUCGACCAGCAGCUUGAUGAAGUCAAGCGACAAGAUAUUGGUAAUAAAAAGGCACACGGGAAGGCGCAAGUCUACUUUGAAGGGGGCCGGAUGGAGACGCCAAUCUACAAGUUGGAGGACUUGUCCGUGGGAGAUGAGAUCCAGGGACCGGCCAUGCUGGCAGAUGGAACACAGACUAUUGUCGUCACGCCAAAAGCGAAAGCACUUAUCCUCGAAACACAUGUUAUCAUUGACCUGCAAAAGGAUGGAAAGGACGAUUCGCACGAGAAGAACUCAUCAGAACGGGAGGUCGACCCGAUCCUGCUCAGCAUAUUCGGUCACCGUUUUAUGGCAAUCGCUGAGCAAAUGGGCCGGGCAUUGCAGAAGACCAGCGUCAGUACCAAUGUCAAGGAGCGUCUCGAUUUCUCUUGCGCUAUUUUUGAUGCCACUGGUGGACUAGUUGCGAAUGCACCUCAUUUGCCCGUUCACCUUGGAUCCAUGUCGACUUGUGUCAGAACACAAGCAAAGAUCUGGGAGGGAAAGCUGAAGAAGGGCGACGUCAUUAUCUCCAAUCACCCGUCCUACGGCGGUACCCAUUUGCCAGACAUCACCCUCCUCAUGCCCGCUUUCAACGAGAAAGGAGACAAAAUUCUGUUCUACGCAGCUUCACGCGCUCACCAUGCCGAUAUUGGCGGUAUCACAGCCGGCAGCAUGCCGCCUCACUCAAGAGAAUUGUUCCAGGAAGGUGCAGCGAUCAAGAGUGAGAAGAUUGUGAGUGAAGGCAAAUUCAACGAGGAGCGUAUCACGGAAUUACUUUACAAAGAGCCCGCCCGGUACCCCGGAUGCAGUGGUACAAGGUGUUUGGCCGACAACAUCAACGACCUACGAGCGCAAGUCUCAGCGAACCAGAAGGGUAUUUCCCUCAUCGAGACUCUGAUUGAGGAAUACGGCGAGGAUACCGUGCAGUUUUACAUGGUCAAUAUCCAGCACAACGCCGAGAAAUGUGUACGCGAACUCCUGAAGAAGGUUUACCAGAAGUUCGAGGGCAAAGAUCUCUCAGCCGUUGAUUUUAUGGACGACGGAAGCCCCAUCAGGCUGCGUGUCACGAUUGACCCAGAGGAAGGAGAAGCUACCUUCGACUUUGAGGGCACUGGUCCCGAAGUCUACGGAAACAUCAACGCACCGGAAGCCGUGACAUACAGCGCCAUCAUCUACUGCCUGCGCUGUCUCAUCUCAGAGGACAUACCCCUAAACCAAGGCUGCCUGAAGCCCAUCAACGUCAAAAUCCCACCUAAAUCCCUCCUGUCCCCCUCAGCAGGCGCAGCCGUAGUCGGCGGCAACGUGCUCACGAGCCAGCGCGUGACCGACGUCAUACUCAAAGCCUUUCAGGCUUGCGCCGCCAGCCAGGGCGACUGCAACAACCUGACCUUCGGUUUCGGCGGCAACCUGACGGGCGAGAAGGAAGUCAAAGGCUUCGGUUACUACGAGACCAUCGCCGGCGGCAGCGGCGCCGGACCGGACUGGGAGGGGACCAGCGGCGUGCACACGCACAUGACUAACACGCGCAUCACGGACUCGGAGGUGUUCGAGCGCAGGUACCCCGUCCUCCUACGCGAGUUCUCGCUCCGCGGCGGAUCGGGCGGAUCGGGCCAGCACCGUGGAGGCGAUGGCGUGGUCCGCGACAUCGAGUUCCGCAUCCCCUUGCAGGUGUCCAUCCUCAGCGAACGCAGGGUAUACAAACCGUACGGUAUGGCAGGCGGCGAGGACGCGCAGUGCGGGCUUAAUGUCUGGGUGAGGCGCGUCGAUAAGUCGGAUCCCGAGAACGACUUGGCGCAGCAGAACGGACACGUAAGCGGGGAUGGGGAGGCCGUCGAAUAUGAGGAGCGGUACAUCAACAUGGGCGCUAAGAAUAGUGCUCCGUUCAAGGCGGGGGAUCGAAUCAUUAUCAAUACGCCUGGUGGUGGAGGCUGGGGAAAGGUGGGAGAGGAGAAGGUGCUGGACGCGAAGAGGGAUCAUACUGAAGCGUGGAGGAAAGGGAGUCAUGCCAAUCGGGAGGAUGCGGCUUUGCAGGUUUGA